AUGGGAAAUCACACACAAGUGACAGUGUUUAUCCUGGCAGGUUUGACUGAUGACCCACAAUUGAAAGUUGUGCUAUUUGUCUUCCUGCUUCUCACCUACCUGCUAAGUGUCACUGGCAAUCUGCUUAUCAUCACACUCACCCUGGUGGAUAUCACCCUCAAGACCCCCAUGUAUUUUUUCCUUCGGAAUUUUUCCUUCCUAGAAAUUUCCUAUACUACCACAUGCAUUCCCAAAUUGUUGGUUGCUAUGGCAACUGGGAACAAAACCAUUUCCUUUAAUUGUUGUGUUACUCAAGUGUUUUUUGCCUUCCUUCUUGGUGCAUCUGAAUUUUACUUGCUGGCAGCCAUGUCCUAUGACCGCUAUGUUGCCAUCUGUAAGCCCCUGUACUACACAACCAUCAUGAGCAGUAAGAUCUGCAUGCAACUUGUCUUCUGUUGUUGGCUUGCUGGGUUUUUUGUCAUCUUUCCACCUCUCCUCUUAGGCAUAAACCUUGACUUCUGUGCCUCCAACGUUGUUGAUCAUUUCUACUGUGAUACAACUCCCCUGCUGCAGAUCUCCUGCUCAGACACACAGCUCUUAGAGACCAUGGGAUUCAUUUCUGCAUCAGUGACACUUGUGGUCACAUUGGUAAUGGUGAUAAUAUCAUACAGCUUUAUUGCAUUAACAAUUCUAAAAAUCCCUUCAACUAAUCAGAAGAAAAAGGCUUUUUCAACAUGUUCCUCUCACAUGAUUGUGAUAUCUCUUUCUUAUGGCAGCUGUAUCUUCAUGUACUUUAAGCCGUCAGUCAAACAAAGAAUAUCUUUUUCCAAGGGAAUUGCAGUGCUCAAUACCUCCAUUGCCCCACUUUUAAAUCCUUUCAUUUACACUUUACGGAACCAGCAAGUGAAAAAAGCCUUCAUGAACAUGAUACAAAGGGUUGUUUCUUUCUCAAGCAAAUGA